AUGGCAUUGCCGCUGAGUUUUUUCACACCAUCCUCGGACAGGGAGACGUCAAGAGAUACCAGCAAGAAUGGAAGUGGUUGUGAAGAGGAGGAUUUUCGCCUAUGUAACGGAGCCUCAUCGACAGUUGACGCUCAGUCUCCAAAUGUCAGCCAAGUUAGUGCAAAUGCUGCCUCCAUUUCGGAACACAAUCCUGACCUUGGUUCAAAGGAUAGCGCAUCAAAGGUUCGCAUCCGGAAGAGACGGGAUCGUCCGCUAAGUUUAACAAAAAGUGGUGUGGCCAGAAAAGGACGGAAAACGUACACUGAACGAGAUCUGGUGAGUCCUUCCUACUAUUCCUUUGUGAUCUAUUAG